CCUUUGUCCACACCCCUCCUAACUACUAAGAAGACGCACACACUUGAACAACCAUGAUGAGCACUACAAUGAGCAUAUCACCUACAGGCGUGCCAUCAUCGGCGCAACCGCCGCUAUCUUCACAGCCACCACCGCCGACAAAAAGCCUGCCGCUGCGCACAAUCCCUGGCAGCCAUGGGUGGCCGCUGCUAGGGCCGAUUUCUGAUCGGCUUGACUACUUCUGGUUCCAAGGGCCGGAGACAUUCUUUAGGAAGCGAAUAGAGAAGCACAAGAGCACGGUUUUCCGCACCAACGUCCCCCCGACCUUCCCUUUCUUCUCCAAUGUUAAUCCCAACGUUGUUGCCGUCCUUGACACCAAGUCUUUCGCACACCUCUUCGACAUGGAGAUUGUGGAGAAGAGGAAUGUUCUUGUCGGAGAUUACAUGCCCAGCCUCAAGUUCACCGGGGAUAUCAGGGUUUGUGCUUACCUUGACACUGAUGAGCCAAAGCACGCUAAGCUCAAGAACUUUGCCAUGAACAUUCUGAAACGGAGCUCAAAAACUUGGGUUAGCGAAGUCCUGGCCAACCUUGACACAAUGUGGGACACCAUCGAAACCACCAUUACCGAGUCAGGCUCCGCUAGCUACAUCGUCCCUCUCCAACAGUUCAUCUUCAAGUUCCUCACCAAGAGCCUUGUCGGAGCCGACCCUUCGAGCUCACCGGAAAUCGCCAAGUCCGGCUUUGUCAUGCUCGACCGCUGGCUCGCCCUCCAGCUCCUCCCCACUGUCAAAAUCGGGGUCCUUCAGCCUCUGGAGGAGAUUUUCCUCCACUCUUGGGCAUACCCUUUUCUCCUUGUCAGUGGAGACUACAAAAAGCUCUACCAAUUUGUUGAAAAAGAAGGUAAGGAAAUAUUAAGCGUAGGUCAGACUGAGUAUGGACUGACUUCAGAAGAAAGCAUUCACAAUUUGCUAUUCGUGUUGGGUUUCAACGCAUUUGGCGGGUUCUCAGUUUUCCUGCCGAGUUUAUUGAGUGCACUAUUGAGUGACACGACCGGUUUGCAAGAAAAGUUAAGAAAAGAAGUACGAGAAAAAGGCGGUUCAACUCUGAGUAUUGACUCGGUAAAAGACAUGGAACUCGUUCAAUCGGUCGUGUAUGAAACCCUCCGACUCAACCCGCCGGUUCCACUCCAAUACGGCCGCGCCCGAAAGGAUUUUCAACUGAGUUCACAUGACUCGGUCUUCGACAUCAAAAAGGGAGAGUUGCUUUGCGGGUACCAAGCUUUGGCGAUGAGGGACCCUAAGGUUUUUGAUGAACCGGAGAGUUUUAAACCGGACCGGUUCGUGGGGGAGAAAGGGUCCGAGUUACUGAGUUACUUGUACUGGUCCAACGGGCCGCAGACCGGUUCACCCAGCGAGUCGAAUAAACAGUGUGCGGCUAAGGACUACGUGGUCCUCACCGCUGCUUUGAUUGUUGCUUACCUGUUCAGCAGGUAUGAUUCGAUCACGGGGGCAUCAGGCUCAAUCACAGCCGUAAAGAGGGCAAAGUAAAGUGAGGUGGUGAUUGAUUGUGAUGUUUAUGGGGUUGUAAGUUUUGUCUCUAUUUGUGGCUGUACUCGAUCAAAAGCACAGAUAUUUAUGGUAAAGAAAGGGAAAGUGGGGGUCCACCAAUAAAUGAAUGAAGAGUGAAGGAUGA